UGCCCUUCAUGUUACGAAUCGAAAAACUACAAUCUUUCACGUGGAAAUGUUGACAAACCACAUAAUUUUUAAUAUUAGUACGCUGUCAGAUAUGGAAAUGUCGACAAAUGACAAACUAUCUAAGGAUGACGUUAUAUAUUGGUUGAAAAGAGCAGAAGAGUGGGCUUCAAUGAACCAGAAUCAUCGAAGAUCAACGCCAGCGCUGGAAAUUUCGCAAAACAGUGAACAACUUCAAGCCUUUCUCUCGGCGGUGCUCAACCGACUGAUCGCAGAUGGCAUAUCACCAGUUUUAAAGAACCAUCCCAAGUUAGGUCACUUACUUGGCCGUCUCUGUUCUUGCCAACAUCUCUUAGCUGAGGAUGAGAAGGUUUUCAGCAAGCUUCUUAGCUGUGUUCAUGCACUCAGAGCUCAGCAUCCCCAGGAUGGAAUGGAGAAAAAAGCAAAGGUUUGGGCAGAGUCUCAGUUCAGGUAUACAGCAUCAUACUUCCAUCAAAAGAAUCCAGCUUCUGAAACGGCAGAGGCAAUGGGAUACACAGCACUGGAAUACAACACUCUCUCAUCUAACAAGUUGAUUGAAUCAAUUCAAAGAGAUCUUGAUCAUCUGAUAAUGCAACAGCAGAAUUAUAUUUAUGGCAGACUCCAGGAUGAGGUCAUGUGUGUAGAGGAGCUAUCAGAGAUGUGUCUUCCACUAAUAGGGAGUACAUCCUCCAAGGAACUGGUGGACAGGGUGCUUCUCCUGCACCCCCGGUCUGCUGAAAAUCAGAUCUCACAACACUUCCUGGAGAGGGUCACACAGACACAGGCGUGUGCUUAUGCUCCGGGACAGAAAAAUAAAAUAUGUCAUUCAAGAGAGGCUCUCAUGUCAUUAUGGCUACAAUAUCUUCCUGCACUGGAGCAAGAGAUUCUUCUACUUGUACAAGCUUUCUCCCAACAUGUUCCUGACAUAGCAACAGAUGAUGCUCUAAAGCUCAUUCACUCCAGAGACUUGCCCAGAGCCUGUGCAAGGCAUAGGAUAUUAUAUGAAGCUGUAGACUCGUGUGUCCAGCAGGUUCUCUGGCAAACGGAUGGUUGCCACAGAGUGAUCAGAUUUGUGCAUCUCUUUCAAGUGGCUGUCAAUGAGGCUAUACAAGAGUUACAUUCUCCAGAGUAUUCAGUGCACAGACUGUUUCUUCAAAGACUAUGUCCUUUGGUGAAUCUCCUGACAGUAGACCCUAAAGAUAUACCCCAAGAUGUCCAUGGGAUACACCUUACCAGCAUUGAUGCCACCCUGAAGACCACCAUCGUUGAUCCAGUGGUGUCCAAUAACCCUCAAGAACUGUACAAAGUCUGGAUGACCUUGGUCAAGUUUUUGCACUGGUACCACGCUGCUGUCAACGUCCUCAUUCUAGACGAUCAUAGUGAUGGAGGAUUUACUACAGUAGAUGCCUGUCUGGACUUCUUAAUGUGGUUUCAUUUUCCAUUAUCCUUUGGAAAUUGUGUCGCUGUCAAGGAAAAUUUGCUGCGGUUGAUCAAAAGUCUUCACUCUUGCAUCAUGGAAGACACAUUUCAGGAAAAAGAUCUAGAGAUGCUGUUCUCAAACCUCCGAGGCAGCAACUCUAAAAAUGAUGUACCUGUUGCACUCAUCAUAAAUCUUGUCAUGUCAGCUAUCCUUCAUGCAACUUCACUCACAAGAAAUAAUGUAUUAGCAGUAGUAGAUAUGAUGUGGUCUCAGGGAAUUGCCAGUGGAAGCCAGGAAUGCAAGCUAGCUCUUCUGCGGAGUCACCUUGAUAUUCACCAGACAUUUAUGGUGUCAGGAGUGGGAUUAAAGGAGCUGUGUCCUACACAUGUGACUGAAGCCAUUAGAAUUCUGAAGGACAACACUUGAAUGUUAGACUCCUAGUUCCAGUGAAGUCGGCUCUUAUGUAGAGUCCCUUGACAGUCACCAGACAUUUAUGGUGUCAGGAGUGGGAUACAAGUAGCUGUGUCCUACACAUGUUACUGAAGCUAUUAGAAACUCUGAUGGAAAACACAUGAACCCUACACUCCAAGGUCAAGUAAAACUAGCCCGUCUGGGGAGUCACCUCAUUAACCGCUAGUCAUUUUUGGUGUCAGGAGUGGGAUUUAAGAGCUAAGUCUUACACAUGUGAUUGAAGGCUUGAAGCUAUUAGAACUCUAAAGGACAAUACAUGAAUGUUAGACUCCUAGUUCCAUUAAAGCUAGCUGUUUUGCGGAGUCUCCUCGAUAUUCACCACUAGGUAUUUAUGGUGUCAAGAUUUGGAUUCAAGGAGCAAUGUCCUACACAUGUGACUGAAGCUAUUCACUCUUAUGUCCAGUAAAGCCAGCUCUUCUGUCGAGUUGCCUCGAUAGUCACAAGAUAUUUAUGGUGUCAGGAGUGGGAUUUAAGGAGUCAUAAAUGACAACAUAUGAAUGUUGUAUUUGUAGGUCUACUAUUAGUAUGGAUAAGGGGUGUUUCACAAAGAGUGAAAUAUGGGCUUCAUCUGACAAAAAAGUUACGAUUGAUCCAAUCAGCCUCAACUAUAUGGAAAUCCAUCAAUGUCAAUUUUUUUACAGGAAUUUUGCACAAUGUUUCAUGUAAACAAAGAGAUGCACACUAAAUGAAUAUACAGCAUAUCUUGAAAAUGUUUUGAACAUGCAUUUUGAGAUGUUGAUGUUGCUGGCAUUUGGUAGUUGUGGUUGAUUGGAUCAAUCGAAGCUCUUUGUAAGAUAGGACUUAGGCUUGAAGUUAGAUGGGCUUCAGAUUCUAUGGGGGAGUUGAUAAUCAUUUACUGACCCCAGACUUUGUGAAAAGCUUUGGAAAUACUUGUAACAAAGAUGUCUUUUUUGAAGAAAGCAAACCUGGGCCCCGUCUUACAAAGAGAUAAGAUUGACCCAAUCAAUUGCAACUGUAUGGAAAUCCAUCCAUACCAUAACUUUUCUAUAGGAAGUUUGCACAAUCUUUGACCAUGAAUUCUGGUUGAUCUUUCAGAGGUCUCUCAAUGAUCCUACAAUCGUCCUUGAGGUCUUACAUGAGUCCUGACCGAUCUUUCAGUGGUCUUCAUGGGCUCCAAAACUUUUUGAAAUGGUUCAAAACAGUCUUACAACGGUCUUACA